AUGACAACAGUCGAAUUUGGAGGUGGACCGACACUUGAAGCACGUCGACAAUUUUGUAAUCUUAAAGAUGGUUCACAAGUACCAAAAUAUACAGGACAUAUACAUCAAUUGCGCUUUCGUAAUGGAUCUACAUAUGGUGAUGAAACAUGUCGUUUAGCUAAAGAAUAUCCUCAAUUAACACGUUCAAAAUCGGACUUACCAACUAUAAAAAUUGAUCAAUCUAAUCCUUAUGAAACACGUGAAUUUCCAGAUGGAAUGCUUCCAGGUUAUACAGGUUACAUUCCGCAACGAAAAUAUCAACUUGGUAAUCGAUAUCGUGUUGAAAGUAAUCUAUGUCAAUCAACAACGAAAGCUGCUUAUGAACAAGCAAGAAAUCAAGCGAAAGAAUUACGAAAUUCAAUUGCUGGUUAUCCUAAACCACAGAAUUCAAAUAGUGAAACAGUCGUAAAACAUUUUCUUGAUUAUCAUCGAGCUUAUAAUCCAUCUGCAAAUGCUCAGCAAAAUGAUCGUCGUGUAUUUGUUGAAGCACCAAUUCCGGGUUAUAAAGGAUAUAUUCCUCGUAUUGGUCCAACAGAUAUUGCUGUUGGUUUACGUUAUCAUGAAGCAGUUAAAAAGGGUCUUAAACAUUUUGCUACAGAAACAACAUAUUUAACAAGUUUCUUGCCACCAUCAAGAGAUAUAACUACUCCAUUAAAUUCAACAAAUUUUUCUCAACAAUAUCCAACAACAAAUUCAUCAAAUCAACGAUUAUAUGCACAAUCUGGAAUGAUUCCAAAAUAUACUGGAUACCUUCCUCAACGCAAAUAUCGUAUUGGACAAACUUAUGGUGAUACAAGUCGAGGAUUGCCUGUUUGUACUCAUUCACUUAACAAUUACGGAGAUUUUCUACGAUCGAAAACAUCAAUCGGUGUGAACAAAAACAUUGCUAAUUAA